UUCUUCUUUCAUUCAUCCAACCAUUCAUCAAUUCAUUUCUUUCAACAUCUAAAAUACGAUAAUAUGGCUGAUAGAUCUACAGCACCACCCACACCAUACAGUCAGUUUUGCUUAUUCAAAAGUCUUUCUUACUCCUUGUACGAAUAUGAUUGGUACAACUUUGUGGAGCAGUGGCAAGCCAUGGUUGCUGUCAAUGCCCCUGUCCACGAGUUCACCUACAACCUCGCGCCUUUUUUCUCGAACGCAAAACGACUCAUGUCGGUCUUUCAUCGAUAUAUGAACUUCGUGCAUCAGGACCCCGAAUUCCUCAAUACAAUGACCAAUGUCUUGAUGUCAACACCACUGAUGAUCAAAGUACAAGAUAUAUUGCACUCCGAGGCUCUGUUUCAUAACUAUGUAGCGGCUCUCAAGCUUGACAAUCCCUCCGCAUCACAUACUCAAGUCAUGCAAGCCAUCCAAAGCUUCCUCGCGACUCUUCCGGCUCCGACGCGCCUUCGGGUCCAACGUGCUUUUGCUGAAGCAGAGGCAUCAGACUCAUUGGGCUUGUCCGGCACCACGUUAGAGACUGCAUUUCAACUACUCAACUCAGAUGUUCAAUUAUAUAUUGAUUUUUUGACCACGUUGCAACUAAAUCAGACCAGGAAUAUGCCUUGGGACACAGUUGUGUCCAAGAUCAGGGCUAUUAUCACUGCAAAGCAGCCGUAUGCAUGGUCAAACAUGGAUUACUUCUUAAAACAGCUGCAUUAUGGUCAUUUCCAAGCCCCUUCUCAUUAUGGAUAUGGUCAAGAGGUUGAUUUUUAUGAUGGUGAUUACUAUUCAGGGAGCUACGCAGAUGACGAUAUCAUGGAAAAAGUGGAAGGUGUGGACUAUCAUCGAAAUGAACAGGAUGAGAGAGAGUUUGAAGCCAUUUAUGGAUCAGAGAGCUUUGUCUCUCCUACUACCAACACACAGACUAAAAUUCAAGGUCAGAGUCAGGAGGCUGUUGUGGAUAAGUUUUCAAAGAUGUCGGUAACAGAUAAACGACCUACCAUUGCCUAGUUAUGAACGAGGACGAGAGGCAAUGUGAAAUAUAUCUGUUUUUGGUUUUGUUGAUCAUCAUUCAUCAUUUCGCUUGCCUCUGUGAUUGAAAUCACAUGCUGUACUUUAUCCCUUUAAACUAUAAAAAAUUUCAUACAUGUCUCUUCAACCUCGAUACACCCGUUCGUAGAAUCAAGUGGAAACGAACAUACAAACAAAC